AAACACCUUGAUGCGCCAGCACUGUCAAAAAGUCGCCCGUAUCCUGCUGUACGAGGAUUGAAUUUGAACAUGGAGAGCCCGCACGAGCAUCAGCAGAACCUCCUGCUGUCCCGCAUCAUCACCAACGUGGAGAAACUCAACGAGGCUGUCGUCGUCAUGAACAAGAGCCUUCAAGAAAUCAACAUUCAGAACAUGAACGUCGAGCUCGUCGCGCAAAUGUUUAAGAAUUAUCAGUCCAACGUGCUGUUCCACCUCGAAGCCACGGACAAUCUCAAGCCACCGUCAUAAAGUAAUCUAGGACGGACAUGGCGCCGACAGCAUGGGCUGCUUGCUUCGGCGUUUUGGCCCGGCAACAGAGCCCCCAAGAGGAAGGCUCGUGGCAGGACAGGACAGCUCCAUUUGUAUAUAUUUAGUACUCGUAACGAUGUAAUGACUCAUACGUACCAUG